AUGGUGAGCAUGGUAUCUAAGAUCAUAAAACUUGGAGUACCCACAGCUACUCUUGCUGUUGGAACUCUAUUGCUUGGUGAUGACGAGAAAAGAUCGGCAUUCUUUCGCACAGCUUCUGCAUUUACUCAAAACCAUGGACAUAAGACCUUUGAUGAACAUUUUCCACGUGGAGAAUGGGACAAAAAUUGGGAUUUCCGUGAUCCAAUUAGCCUUGUCGAUAAAGGAAAGUGGGAAAAAGCUGACGAAGAAGGCAAAAAGAAACUGAUCGAAGAGAAGAAAGCUACGGCAACGAGAAACAUUUUCCUCAUUCGUCAUGGUCAAUAUCAUCUCGAUCACGAAGUGAAAAUGCUGACCCCACUUGGGCGUGAACAAGCCGAAUUAUUGGGGAAAAGACUUGCAAACUCGGAUAUCAAAUUUACAAACAUGACUAUGUCGACUAUGGUUCGUGCCACCGAAACUGCCAACAUCAUCUUGAAGCACCUUCCUGAUGAUCUUACCCGCACAUCCUCACCGUUUAUUGAGGAAGGACCACCAUACCCACCAGUGCCAGAUCAUAAAACAUGGAGGCCUCUAGAUCCAGAGUUCUACACGGAAGCCGCCAGAAUCGAAUCAGCCUACCGCAAAAUAUUCCAUCGUGCUUCCCCGUCACAAAAAGAAGACUCAUUCGAACUUAUUGUAUGCCAUGCGAACGUCAUUCGGUAUUUCAUCUGCAGAGCUCUACAAUUUCCACCAGAGGGCUGGCUCCGUAUGUCGCUAGGAAACUGUUCGUUGACAUGGAUCACUAUUCGUCCAAAAGGACAUGUUUCUGUUCGUUCCAUCGGAGAUAUUGGUCACCUUCCACCAAACAAGAUUUCCUUCACCUAAUUUGAACCAAAAAGGAGUAUUUCAUGUCAAGUUAAUUGUGCCUUGCUUUAAAACUUAUUUAUUGUUCGUCAAAUGUCUGUUUUGUUGUGUUCUAUGUAUCACCGUUUCACUGUUUAAAAAAUAAAUACAAAUGGUUGG